AUGAAAGUAAAAUUCCGUACUGUUCUGCUGGUUUUUCUGUUCAUCAAGCUAUGCAUUCUCUUCACAGUACUCCAAGAAAGCAUAGAAUCGCUGAGUUCCAAUGAUCAUCCUCUACUUUUCGGAACAAACGACAUCUAUCUUUUCGACAUGAUGCUCGCUGCAAUUUCUGGAUUAUCGAUGCUCUUGUCUGCUCUUUAUAUAAUUCUGUUUGCUAUUGGACACACAAGAAUUCGAAAGCCAUAUGUCGUUGUUGCAUUUGUUAUCAACUUGAUGUUUGUGGUUCCUUUCUUUUUGUCAGGUGUCUAUUUGGUAUUUCAAGAUGAUCAUGAUCUGAAACUGACUUCAAAAGUUACAAAAAGUUUUGAAUCUGUUUUUGAUUUUGCCGAGACGUACAAUCUGAAUGCCUCACAACAAACGGCCUCUACAAAACCUCCACCCAAUAAAGGAGUCAAAAAUCAAUCUAGUCCAAAUAAUACCGUGUCGGGCCCGAAACUUCCAAUAGUCAAUCCAGAUCUGAUGAAGCAUUUUGAUGUCGUCGAUCAUAUUCAGAGAAGAUAUUGCUGUUGUGGAUUGAAUGGAGGAAUUGAUUACGGUUUUGAUAAUGAAACCACCGCUUCCACUGAGACAAUUCCAUUCACAUCUAAACUUGAUAUUCGAUGUCCUCACAACUCCCUUUUCAAAAAUUCAACUUGUGGAGAUACUCAUAACAAAGGAUGCGAGAAUCGUUUGAAGCAGGUGUAUCCUACUAGAAUUCUGAUAUAUUCUUGCAUUGGGACAGCCUUUUCUGUCAUCUUCGCUCUUGUUUCUCCUCUUAUCUAUUCGCAAUUUGAGUUGGAUAGAAGACGUGCUCGUGCCAAAUACAUUCGUGACUGGAGACACUCGAUUGAGACUUUUGUGGCCGAUCAGCGACUGUGGGCACUCAGAAAAACGAAGAAAUCUUCAGACACCAGUAGUAAGAAAAAGCAGAGUCCUGUCUCUCCAGCGGUUGUAAGUUAUGAUUAUCAACUAAUGAAAACGUAA